CGCCUCCCUCUGACACCGUCAGCUCCACACACUCCACAGGCUGCUGCAGGUGUGCACGUGAUUUAGAGAUUGCCGGUCAACUGAACAAAUAUGUCAUCCAUCAAGCAUCUGGUGUGUGCAGUCAUCCAGUUCUUAAGAGAGCAGAGUCAGAGGGAUGCUUACACGUCAGAUGAGCAAGAAAGUUUGGAAGUGGCAGUGCAAUGUCUGGAGACUGUCUUCAAAAUCAGUCCUGAAGAUGUUCAGCUUGCAGCACCUUAUAGCUUGGAAGAAGUUUUCUCACAAACACACUUGAAGAAGGAUGAUGAUACACCAGCAGAAUCCCCUUCAUCAGCACCAGCUGCCAUAGAGAAGGCUGAACAGCUGAAAGAUGAAGGAAAUAAUUAUAUGAAGGAGCAGAACUAUGAUGCUGCAUUGGAUUGUUACUCACAGGCUGUAGAAUUGGAUCCGAACAAUGCUGUAUAUUACUGCAACAGAGCUGCCGCCCACAGUCAAUUAGGCCGUCACAGCGAUGCAAUAACAGACUGCGAGAAGGCGAUAUCUAUUGAUGCUAAGUACAGCAAGGCGUAUGGGAGAAUGGGUCGUGCCCUGGCAGCAAUGAGUAAGUAUAAAGAGGCCAUCAGUAGCUACCAGAAGGCCUUGGAUCUGGAACCUGAAAAUGAGUCCUACAAGUCCUAUUUGAAGAUAGCAGAGCAAAAAGUCAGACAAGUACCCAGUCCUACAAGUGCCGGAUGGGGAUUUGAUAUGAAUAGCCUGAUGAAUAACCCAGCAUUUGUCAGCAUGGCGGCAAGCUUAAUGCAAGAUCCACAAGUACAACAGAUCAUGUCUGGUAUGAUGUCCAAUGCUGGUGGGGGCCCCGCUGCAGGUGUUGGGGGUCUGACAGAUCUCUCCAGUCUUAUACAAGCGGGACAGCAGUUUGCGCAACAGAUCCAGCAGCAAAAUCCUGAGCUAAUCCAACAGCUGAGAAAUCAUCUGGACAGGCAGACAGUCGAAAACGAAGCACCCACUGCGCACAUUAACGUGAGAGGCUGGAGCGGCUGGACUCCCAUCAGACUGCAUUACUCCAGUAUGCUCCAUUGUCACCCACAUGCAACUUCGGCAGAGCAUUGGCACAUGCCACAUGGUAUAUUGCGGUUCGUGACGUGUAGGACGGAACUCAACCCCACUUGCAUUAUGUCUUAAGUUUUAUGUAUCUUCUGCUAAAUGAAGGAGAAUUGACAGAUUCUGGAAGAGCUUUACUGCAGCCUAGAACUCAUUACUAUGGCUAUGGGUUGGUAACGACUAUUAGUAAUGCAGAUUGUCUUUAUAGAAAGAAUGUAUGGUCAUGGAUCUACCCAUGCUUCAUCAUGUCUUGGCACAGAAUUCAUUACAUAGUGGAGGGGUGUGCACUUUAUGACUUUAAAUUAUGUGUUGAAUCCUACAAAUUUUAGAAAAUAACUUUGUGCCCAUAUUUCAUCUACCUUGUGUGAUUUUAAGUAGUUUGAUCAUAUCAUACAUUGCUUUGUGACAAGUUUAAUUGUCUUGUGCUUUGACUUUUAUCUGUUAUAUGGUUUCUCAGCUCUAUAUUAAUAUAAUGUACAAAUGAUCCACAAAUUUCUACCCAUCUGUCUACUGACCCUGGACUUCAUUCUUAGAUGGUAAAUAUCUUUUAAAUGCUAUGACCAUACCCAUGUACUACAUGUGUAUCCAGUGCUUGAUUUACAAGCAGUCUGUAAGCAUGGAUUAUCUGGUACUGCAGACUCCACUCAUCAAGUAGGACCAACCUAUAGUCAUAUAUGGCACAACAUCUAGCAGCCUUUGCAGCCUUCCCCUUGUUCCUCCCUGGGUGUCCUCCUCUCACUCCCACAGUACAGUGAAUGUCUAAUGAACAUAAAUAUAAACAUCAUUUACAUAUGAAUUUGGCUUGGAGCUACUCUUAAGGGUGUCAUCUAAGUGGACCGCAGGUCUUCACUCUUCAACCCUUGCACAGGGAUCUGGACUCUGCUGCAGGGGAACCACCAGGCUCCUACCU